AUGGCAGCCAUAUUGGAUCGACUACUCGACCGGCUAAAACUGGAUGAAGCCGGUGCAGUUGGUGGUGAUGGUGAUGACAGUGAUGAUAAGGAAAAGGAAGAAGAAGCAGAACGCGAACGACAGGAGGCGAUCCGCGAGGCUGAGGAGCGACGCAAGGAGAAGCACCGCAAGAUGGAGGAGGAACGCGAGAAGAUGCGUCAAGAGAUCAGGGAUAAGUACAAAAUCCCUAAAAAGGAGGAGAUUGUGGAACAGCAGCAGGCCGAGCCUGACAACCCUCUCAUGAGAAAGAAGAAAACUCCUGAAGAGCUAGCGGCCGAAGCAGAAUUGGAAGACCAGGAUGAGUUUACCAACCCAAAGUCAUCUCACAAGUCCAAAGGGCCUCGACGCGGCAAACUGAAAAACACCAUCGAAUCGCAAGUGAAUGAACUAAAGUCGCAGAUCGAGAGCAAGUGCGUGAUGCAGUGA